AGUACCCAGAAAACAGUGCUCGUAAAGUCAAGUCAUUGUUUGGUUCGUACAAUUUGUGAACUCUCCUUGCUGCAUUUCUUUAAAACCCUACCUUUUGGAUUGGCAAAAGAGAAAGAGUAUAGGGGAAUAGCGAAAGUAGAUUAAGAGGUGAAAAUGAGCGGUCGCUGUAGAAAGAAUGUGAAACAAAAUGCUGUAGAUGAUGUCGAAAAGUCUGUAGAAAAACAGAGUAAGCCUGAUCGCCAUAAAAUAGAGCCAAAAUCAGCUCGGAAGUCGAACAGAGUUGUUGACAAGUUAGUUAAUGAACAACACUGCAAUGCAAGAAGGAAGCGUGGAAGAGAAAAUUUUGAAUGUGAGAAAAAAGAAGAGCUAUGAAAAAGAAGGGGAAAGGUCGCAACAAUACAAGAGAAAAUGUUGUAACUGAUAAGGAUGACCUGCAAGAAAUUGCUGCUUCGAAUGACGAAAAAAAACUCAAUACAGCUACUAAAAAUGAAAUUGCUCUCUUGCCUGAAGAAGAACAACUCAAUACAGGUACAGAAAAGAAGAAAAGCGUGGCAAAAACAUCAGAGAAAAGCUUGAAAGUGAGAAACAAAAACAAGAGAAAACUGUAAGUAAAAGCCACAGAAGAGACAAGCGUCGGAAGGUUGAAAAUGGGAAUGAGAUUGCGUCCAAUAUGUGUCAUCAAUGCCAGAGGAAUGACAAAGGAAGGGUUGUUAGGUGCACCAGUUGUAAAACAAAGCGAUAUUGUGUUCCUUGCAUGACCACAUGGUACCCUGGGAUGCCUGAGGUGGCGUUUGAAGAGUCUUGUCCCGUUUGUCGUCAAAACUGUAAUUGCAAAACUUGCUUGCGGUUGGAUGGGCCAAUAAGGGCUUUGAAGAACUUAUAUUGUGAGAUUAGCGAAGAAGAAAAGAUUCAAUGUUCUAAAUUUAUAGUGCAAAAGCUUUUGCCUUUCUUGAGAAGAUUCAACACAGAGCAAGUGAUGGAGAUGGAGAUUGAAGUUAAGAUUCAAGGAGUACCUGUGUCAGAGUUAAUGCUUCCUAAGGCAAAGUGCCGGAGGAGUGAGCGUAUACACUGAAAUUGUUCCAGCUGUUCCUAUGUUCUAUGCCUUACUUGUUGCCAGGAUCUUACAGAUGGUAUUUAUAAGGGAGGUGAAGAAGAAGUAAUCAUGAAAUUCACUGACAGCGGGGUUGUUGAUUUGCAUGGUGAUGUGAGAUUGGAUGCCAGAACUACCAUUUCCAGAAGGCCUAGAUUUUCCAAGAAGAUUGAAGAAACCUUACCCCAGAAAUCGAACCAGAUGGUUGACAAUGAUUCUGUGGGAGAUGCCAAGUUUGCAUUUGGAAUGGAUCCUGGGGAUGAUGGAGGGCUUCUCCCAGAGAAUUCUGGUUACCCUGCUGGUAAAUGGAAAUGCAAUGAAGAUGGUAGCAUCCCUUGUCCACCAGAAAAUUUUGGUGGCUGUGUUAAGGGAGUUUUAGAGCUGAAGUGCCUGACAUCAAAGUCAAAAUCUCUGAUCUCUGAGUUGUUGGAAGAGGCUGAAGAUAUUUUCAAACGACUUGAAUUGGAAUAUAAGCAUGAAAUGCCUCAGGAGUCAUGCUUAUGUAUGAAAUCAAUGGAUGAAAAUGGUAUGCAGAAAAGCAAAUUGCGUAAAGCAGCAUUUCGUGAAGAUUCUGAUGGCAAUUGUUUAUACUGUCCAGCAGCUAAAGAUCUUCAGCAGGGGGAUCUGAAGCAUUUUCAAUGUCAUUGGCUGAAAGGUGAGCCUGCAAUUAUCGGUAAUGUGCUUGAGACUACAUCAGGCUUAAGCUGGGAGCCCAUGGUUAUGUGUCGAGCAUGUCGCCAGAUAAAGAGCAUAAACCAUCCCCUUCAUUUGAAUGCCAGCGCUAUCAAUUGCUUGGAUUGGUGUGAGGUUGAAGUUAACAUCCACCAAUUUUUUAUGGGAUACAUGGAAGGUCGGUUUGAUAGUGCUGGUUGGCCCCAGAUUUUGCAGUUGAAAAACUGGCCUUCAUCUGAUUUUUUCGAUGAGCGGUCACCUCGUCACUCUGCUGAGUUUGUUAGAAGCUUGCCCUUUAAGGAGUACAUGCAUCCUCAAAGUGGCUAUCUGAAUCUUGCUGUCAAACUGCCACCAGGGUAUUUGAUGCCUGGCAUGAGACCAAAAACAUAUAUUGCUUAUGGAGUUCCCAAGGAGCUGGGGCGUGGGGACUCUAUGACGAAGCUGCAUGUUGAUAUGUCUGAUUCGGUAAAUGUGCUGACACAUACACAAGGAAUAAACCUGACACCUGAACAGCUUUCGUGGAUUAAAAAAUUGAAAAGAAAGCAUGCUGCCCAGGAUAAUUGGGAAUUGCAAACGACUGAGGAGGAGCACAAAUGUGAAAUCGAAACAUCAUCUAAGUUCAACGAGGACCAGUCUUUACUAGAUGAUAUAGAUGGAGGUGCAUUGUGGGACAUCUUUAGAAGGCAAGAUAUUCCUAAGUUGGAGGAAUAUCUUAGGAAGCACUUCAAGGAAUUCAGGCAUAUUAAUUGUUGUCGUAUACCAAAGGUUAUUCACCCUAUACAUGAUCAAACAUUUUACUUGACUAAGGAUCACAAAAAUAAGCUUAAGGAAGAAUGUGGAAUUGAACCAUGGACCUUUGUUAAAAAAUUAGGGGAUGCAGUUUUCAUUCCUGCAGGCUGCCCUUAUCAAGUUAGAAAUUUGAAGUCGUGCAUAAAUGUUGCGCUUUGCUUCGUUUCACCUGAAAAUGUUGGUGAAUGUAUUCGUUUGACUGAGGAAUUCCGCAAACUUCCCCAAGAUCAUGUCGCUAAAGAAGACAAAUUAAUGGCCAUGCCACAAAUCAGAAGGAAAUCUUCUGCUACCAAAAAUGAGCUGGUUAGAACUGUGGAAACUGAUUGUGGGAGUCUUGUUUCAAGUCAUCUUCUUUCUGCAGAAAAGGCCAUGUCACAGGCCAGAAGAAAAUCUUCUGCUAUCGAAAAUGAGCUGGUUAGAACCACGCAACCUGAUUGCAGGAGUCCUGUUUCAGAUCAUCUUCUUUCUGCAGAAAAGGCCAUGCCACAAGCCAGAAGGAAAUCUUCUGCUAUCCAAAAUGAGCUGGUUAGAACUUCUCAAACUGAUUGCCUUAGUCCUGUUUCAAGUCAUCUUCUUUCUGCAGAAAAGGCCAUGCCACAAGCCAGAACAAAAACUUCUGCUAUCGAAAAUGAGCUGGUUAGAACCACGCAAACUGAUUGUGGGAAACCUGUUUUGAGUCAUCUUCUUUCUGCAGAAAAGGCAAUGCCACGAGCCAGAAUAAAAUCUUCUACUAUAAAAAAAUGGCUGGUUAGAACCGCGCAAACUGGUUGUGGAAAACCUUUUUCGAGUUAUCUUCUUUCUGCAAAAAAUGCCAUGCCACAAGCAACUCAGCAAAGAUCUUUGGAUAUUGUGAGACAGUCAGAAGACAUUGCACAUGCCAGAAGAAAAUCUUCUGCUAGCGAAAAUGAGCUGGUUAGAACCGCGGAAACUGAUUGUGGGAGUCCUGUUUUAGGUCAUCUUCUUUCUGCAGAAAAGGCCAUGCCACAAGCCAGAAGGAAAUCUUCUGCUAUCGAAGAUGAGCUGGCUAGAACCGCACAAACUGAUUGCGGGAGUCCUGUUUCAAAUCAUCUUUUUUCUGCAGAAAAGGCCAUGCCACAAGCAACACUGCCCACAUCCUUGGACAUUUUGGGACAGUUAGAGAACAUGCCACUGGGAAUGAAAAUAUCUUAUGCUAGUGAUAAUGAGCUGGUUAGAACCCCUCAAGUUGAUAUUCGAGGUCCUGGUUUAAGUCGGCUUUUUAAUGCCAGAAAGGCCAUGCUACAAGAAACCCUGCAUGCAUCCUCAGACAUUGUGGGACCACUAGAGAACAGUUCUCCAGGCCAAAUAUCUUCUGAUAUUGAAAAUGAGCUGGUUAGAACCCUUCAAGCUGAUUGUCGAAGUCCUGUUUCAAGCCUUUGUUCUGUGGAAAAGGCCAUGCUACAAGCAAUUCCACCAGCAUCUUCAGAUACUGCGGGACCACUAGAGGACAUGGUACCAGGUCAAAGGAAAAUAUCUUCUGAUAUUGAAAAUGUUACUACCCCUCAAGCUGAUUGUCGAAAUACUUUUUGCAGUCAUUUUCUUUCUUUGGAAAAGCAGGAUCGACCCGAGGAAAGCACAUCUGUACCUAAUCUGAAUCGAACUCCAACUAUAAUUCAAGAUGUGAACUCAACUUUCCACAAAGUAGAAUCAUUCCUAAAGUCUAUCCCGAAGGAUCAUUUUUGUUCACUAUCAGGUACACCAAAUUCUAAUCUGGAGUCUGCAAAGGAAACAGUAAAACAUUUUGUUGGAGGACCAUUGAAGAUGUUGGCGGACCCAGCUAAUGAAAAGGUAUUGAAGGAAGCAAUUAGCCUAUUGAACGAGAAUCUCUCGUCAUUCACUGACGAACAAACCAAGCUGUUGGUAAAGAUCAAACAUAUAUUCCCAUCAAUGGUUCAAGACCUGAGGGACGCAAGCCAAGCCGAGUCUAGUUGCCAAGACUUCUUCAUUGAUCUUGAGAAGCACAGGAAAACUUUAGAUGACUUGAGGAACACUGACAUGGAAUUGAAGUUAAAGUAUGAUCAAGAAGAGGCUGAAGAGAAAGAAAUGGAAACUAUGCUUAUGUUCCUUAGGAAGAGGAAGGCUGAAAUUCUAGAGAAAAGACGUGAAUUAUCUGUGGAGGCUAACCACACUAUGUCUUCAGCAGGUAAGAUUGAAGACACCAAAAUACUGUUGGUCAAGGCUAAAGAGAAAAUUGAUAACUUGAAGAGGCAACGGUCUGUUCUUAAACCUAUGCAUCUGUAAUUUGAAUGCCAACUCUUGUAACUGGUGGAUAGAGCAAUGCUAGUGCUAAUCAGUGCACUCUUUUGAAGAAAAAAAAACAAAAAGAUCAGGGAAGGGACAUUUUAAAUGGUCUGGUUUUUGCUGUCGAUGAAGUGAGUUAAGGGUUCGGUAUGAUCAAUCUGUUUAGGGUUUAUUGGCUAUCCUUGUGAGCAAUCAUAUGGAAAUUGCCCAAGAUUUCGAAUGGAGUUAGCUCUCAACUGCUGUGAAAGGUUAACUAGGAAACACAAAUCCUCUUAUGAAAAAUGACAUGAUGUGGUAAAUUCAUGUUUUUUAUGCAAGAAAACACUAUAAAAUACUUUUUGAUAUUAAAAGGGUGUUGUACUUUCAAAUUUAAGUGUAUUUUUUGUAUAGAGAAAAUUUCAUCUCUUUCUCUGUGUAUUCUUGUCCUUUGUAACAAUUUUCAGUGGUACCUUUAUAUAAAUUAGUAUGAAUAGUUA